AUGCGACUGCCACGCCUGACCCCUGGCUACCUCCGGGUGCUACGGAUGCAGGUAGCCGGGAAGCUGAAGGCAGAGCCCCCGUGUUCACUGACUGGGGUUGUGGCUACACUGAUGGCUGUCCUCGGACUGGGUGGCUCCUGCUAUGCCGUCUGGAAGAUGAUGGGACAACAGCCACCGCCACGGGCCCCGUGACGAAGUGGGCAGCCUGUCACCUGGGCCCUGGGGGUAGGUAACUCCGCAGGGACUGCAAUCUUGGGGUCCCACUUCAUUUCU